UCAGUCAAAGUCAAGAUGCCAAUUGGAACUAAAGUUGUCGUUUUGCUGUUUGUGGUUUGCCUGGCGCUGAGCUAUCAGGCAACACAGGCAAAUCCUAUAGAGGAGCAAUCAGCAGGAUUGAAAAGCCAGGAAUAUGACUGGUUCUCAAUGAUCUUUGGAGAUUACGACGAAGAUGAUGAUAGCGAGUAUUUAAUUUGUCGCAACUGCACCGUUCUGGUCGGCCAGGCCAAUGCCACAGACAUGCAACCUAAUCCAGCUACAAUGGCAAGCACGCCAGAUACAUCAACGGCCAGUCCAACUGGAGAUGCACCAACAGCAGCCACUGCUGCACCUGCACCUGCCGCUGGCGCAGAUGCAAUGACUCCGGCACCAGCUCCACCUGGGAAAUAACUUCAUAUAUCAGAGUACUUUCCCACUAACUCCAAUGAAUCUUAAACGUAUAUUUAGUCUUUAGAUAAUUAAUUUGUUUUUAAAUGGGAUUUGGUAUACGAAGCAUGGCUGGAAAAUGUCGAAACUCUGAAAAUGUUAUUUAAGAUCGGUCCUGGUCCUGGUAUCGAAAUUCCUGCAGUAAUGCAAAUUUAUAUAUUAUUAUUCCAGGUGAAGGUGUAAGCAUGAAUAAAUGUGUGUUUCACUAAAUUACCCGA